AUGGCCUUGCCCGUCCCGGGGCCCUGCGCCUCGACGCAGCGCUCGCUCGCCCAGUGCCGCCGCCGCGCCGCCCGCGGGCCGCUGCUGCCGGAGGUGCUGUGCCGGCACCUGAACCGCGCACUGGCGGAGUGCGUCGUGACCGCAUGCUGCCCGGACGAGACCGACGCCGUCCGCACCCUCUGCUGCAGCGCUGGCACCGCGCUCAAGCGCAACCAGUGCCAGCGGGCGCGCAUAGACCUCGCCCUCUGUAUGCGACUCCCCAACUAUGUUUGA